AUGGCGACUAAUGCAACGGACGGCUCGCAGAUUGUGCCUGGUCUAGACCACUUUGUGCCCGCUAGCCGCAUCAACUUCGCUGAUGGCUUAAAGAUCAAGGAGCACCUUGAUGCUGGUGGACCUGUUAAGUCUCACUUCCAGCAGACUCGGAUAGUGGAGGAGCGCACCACUCAGAACGUUCUUGUUGAGACUUUCUUGUUGAGACUGAGGCCCCGGUGA